AUGGAGACCGUGAAUUCAUCCCACGUCACCAACAUCAGCAGCGUGGAUAACAGCAGCCUCUUCUCCGGGAGUCCGUACACGACGGUGGAGAUAGUGCUCAUCGUCCUGGUGGCUGGAUUUCUGAGUCUGAUCACCGUCAUUGGAAACAUCCUGGUCAUGCUCUCCAUAAAGGUAAACAGGAACCUGCAGACCGUCAACAACUACUUCCUGUUCAGCCUGGCCUGUGCAGACCUCAUUAUCGGUGUCUGCUCCAUGAACUUCUACACCGUCUACAUUGUGAUUGGCUACUGGCCUUUAGGAGCUGUGGUCUGCGACCUUUGGCUGGCUGUUGAUUACGUCGUCAGCAACGCCUCGGUCAUGAACCUGCUCAUCAUUAGCUUUGACCGUUACUUCUGUGUCACCAAGCCGCUCAGCUACCCAGCACGCCGCAGCACCAAGAUGGCCGGCCUGAUGAUCGCCGCUGCCUGGGUGCUGUCCUUCAUCCUGUGGGCUCCGGCCAUCUUGUUCUGGCAGUUCAUCGUGGGUGGGAGAACCGUGCUGCCAGGUGAGUGCUACAUCCAGUUCUUCUCCAACCCGGCAGUUACAUUCGGGACGGCCAUAGCAGCCUUUUACCUGCCAGUGGCCAUCAUGAUCUACCUCUACUGGCGCAUCUCCAAGGCCAGCCGCAGCCGCGUGAGGAGGGACAGCAGGAAGACCUCGGGGACCAGUUUGGGGGAAGGCCACUCUCACAGCCCGGUGGACACAUGUGAGACCCAGAGCAACUGUGUCGAGACAAGGGAGCCUCAGGAGGAGUCUGGAGGAGGGAAGGCGAAGGAAAUGUUGCAGCAGCAGAACGGAGGUGGUCCCUGCAAGAAAGAGAGGAGUGACCAGACGGACUCUGAAGGCGUCCAAGCUUCUACAUCUAAAGAUACGACCGCUGUACCUGUAUCAGCACAGACAGGAUCAAGCGGAGGGAAAAAGACAAAUCAAACUCCAUCCCCACAGAGCUCAGGGGUGGACAGGCAAAGUCUGGUCACAAGGACACUGGUCAAGGUAACAAAGCAGAAUGCUGUGGCAAAGUGGAAGAGGAAGGGCAUUUCAACCAGGGAGAAAAAGGUGACGCGCACCAUCAUGGCCAUCCUGGUGGCUUUUGUUGUCACGUGGACACCGUACAACGUGAUGGUCCUGAUCAACACCUUCUGCUCCGUCUGCAUCCCAAACUCACUGUGGACCAUUGGCUACUGGCUCUGCUACAUCAACAGCACCAUCAACCCAUGCUGCUACGCCCUCUGCAAUGCCACCUUCAAAAAUACAUUCAAGCACCUGCUUCUGUGCCGGUACAAGAAAAUACGCACAGCACGAUGA